CCAUCUGCCAAGGGAGGAGGGUCGGAGGUGCCCGGCUUGCCAGUCCUUGGCAAGGCAGCUCUGCGCUCUCUCCAAGGCUCCCGAGUUCUGCCGUCCGGAGAGACUUCCUCGAAGGAAAAGGAAUCUCUGCAGAAAUGGCCCUCUUGAAAUGCGGCUGGCUUUGGAGGCAGAGUUCCAUCCUGCGACGCUGGAAAAGAAACUGGUUCGUCUUAUGGGUGGAUGGGACCCUGGUUUAUUACCACGAUGACACCGGUCACGACAUGGACGGCGAAUCAACAUCAAAUUCAACUGCGGGAUGUCCGGAUAGGGCGGAGUGUCGCGACAUUCAGCCUCCUGAAGGAAGAACCCGCGAGUGUCUCAUGUGCAUUGUGCAAAGGGAUGGCUCCAAAACCAUGCUCUGCGCGGAGAGCGAGGAUGAUGCCGUAGCCUGGAAGAUGGCAAUUCUGGAGACCAAAGCAACCCAGAUCCACUUGUACGACCCUUACGACGACUAUUACCAGACGGUGCCCCUCGACUCCCACCAGACGAUGUAUGUCAGCAAUGAUUACUAUGGCCAGCAGUAUGGAGCAUCUGGAGUGACUCAUGUCAUUUUCCGCGAGGACCCUUCCCGUGUGUCCGGAGACCAGAUGGCGCUGGGAUUGCUGGCCGGAGCGGCUUCUGGGGCGGCGCUGGGUUCCUUCCUGUGGAUGCCCUGCUGGUUCUGAGAUUCCUGCUUCUGCAGCCUCCAGCGAAGCCCAGCUGCUGCUCAGCCUAAGAAGCCUCCGUCGUUUCCCUGAAGAGGAGGACCUGCUCUAGUCUGUAGGCCAAGGGUAGGCAGGAGUGACAGUGGGGUCUACUGCUAGGUCUCAGAGGCAGGUGGACAUACAUUUCCAGACUCAUCUAAUUGUUUAACAAUUGCAAAAUGCUUUGCCCCACCUGCCCACACAAUUAGGCUGCUAGUAUCCUUGACCAAUGGCUCCCACAUCAAGGGAGCAGUGAAUCUACGCUAAGUUUUAGGUAGCUUUAAAACAGCAAUCCCCAAACUCUGGCUAUCUGGGUAUUUUGGGCUUCAGAAUCCCAGACUACUCUUCAAGAUGGCUGAGGUUUCUGGGAGAUGAGGCCUAAAACAUCUGGAAUGACCAGAGUUUGGGAAUCGCUGCUUUAAAAGAUCUCUGCAAAAUGCUGAACCUAGUUUGGAGGUUCAGUUUUAACACCUUGGGCAACUCCUUUAAAGCCUGGCUUGACACCUGAAGGGGAUUUGCCUCCUCACCAACAUGGGAACCAUGAGCUGCCACCAUCCCUGACCUGUCAUAAUGCAGAUGCAUGCCACUGACUCCAUUAGCAUCUUCCAGCUUGGCAUAGUCAUAGCAUAAAGUGGGCCACAUGGUGUAGAAAACAGUAACAUUUCUGCUCAUGGGUCACCAUUUAUUUCUGGUUCUACUUACCUUGAGCCACCAUCUUGCCCCACGUGUCCCUAGUUGACAGGUCUUUGCAAGACAGUAAAUGAAUCAAGGAGAUCCCCAAACCAGAUCUGCUGACAGCAGCUUGUAGGAUCCCUUGUAGUAGUUCUGGUAGUACCCAUAUCAGUGGGAAGGUGAAUCCAUGUCUGAUUUUAAUCCAUAUUUCCUAACUAGGUGCAGCACCCUGGAUAACUCCUUUAGAGCUAGCCAAAA